AUGGAUAUCGUUCCGUUUCUUCAAAAAUACACUUGGACUCGUAUUAAUGCUGAAAAUAUCAAGUGUGAUCUUAAUAAGCCUGAGUGUCUUCGGUGCUGCAAAGCUGGUAUCAAAUGUAGCGGCCCGAAAGAUUCACGGACGUUCAUAAAUCGGAACGCUGCAAAUCUGACCCAACAGAGUGAUAGAAAAGCGCUAGUCUACGCAUUACAGCAUAGAAGCAGGUCGAAGUCAGCCGCUGCCGACUUUGAGAGCUCGCAUAGCUUGGAUGAUUCUCCAUCUCGAAGAACUACGCUAGCUAUCACUGAGCCAAGUGAUAUAAUUUCCCAUGAGUUCCCUGGGCGCUUGACAUUCUUGGCAUUGAUUGAAGAUUUCAAGCCUGUCCCGCUGGGAGGUAUCUUCCGCGGCGAUAGAAUAUCGCGAGACGAUCCCAUUUAUUCGAGCGCAGCUUUGUGCAUUCGAGCUUUAUUGCCGCUCACAUCUUUGCGGAUUGAUUCACUCAAUUUUACUAUCUUCAGUCUCCUGACAACUUAUAUGGGAAAUUUGAAAAAUGACACAAAGCUAGCAAAACUCGCACAAUCAUCAUACACGUCCGCCUUGGAAAAGUCGCGUCCACAUAUCCAGAAGGUCAUAGAGAAUGGCCAACCCGGUGCUCAACAAAAGAUCAACCUCGAAUUGAUCUUGCUACUAGCUAUAGCUUUUGUGGCAUUCGAGGUGAGAAUUAGGUCCAUAAAUGAAGAUGAAGUUUAUCUUACUUUCCUGAUCACUGUUUACUAG